CGAAUGCCCCGAACAACAUGCUUACCUGCUGAAAUAUCUUUAAUUUGCUGAAAAUGACUGCUGCUUGAUUUAUGAUGGUUUUGUUAGAAGAAAUAAAACGAAAGAGAAAACGAUUGAAAGAAAACGACGAAAGAAAAUGAUUGAAACAGAAUUUUGGACACAGACCGCGCACAUGAGUUUUAUGACAUAGUACAAAAGGACCAUCAUUAUUGUAAACAAGACACAGCACACAAGCACCAUAAGCAUCAAAUAGGUAUGAAACACUUAUGCCUUAUUUCCCUGUUCAAAAUAAUAUUGCACUGUUGUUGUUGUACUUUACUACGCACCUAAAAUGGAUAAUGGCAAAACAUCCAAAGAACAAGCAAUUGGGUUUCCUCGCAUAAGCGGAAAGUAAGAAGGGACAAUACUUCGUCAUGUAUAGAACACAUACAAACGACCAUGUCUACAUACGGCGUCAUAUCUCUCCUUACCUUGAUCAUUUCUCACUUUUAUAGAGAAAAACUCUUCUCUGCCCAUCGGUUGUAGUCAUCAACUUGUGCUAAAGUUGACAACCACUGGACACCAUCACCUGGCGUAGAUUCAAUGACUCUGUGAGAAGUCGCUGCAAAUGAAAGUGUGAUGCGGUAAAGAACCCGUAACCAAAGCAACAACAACAACAACUGGAUUUCAUUAGAAAACCGUUUUACCGACAAUUGACCUGGCAACCGUUGCUAUGAGCCACUGCUGCGCCGCUAAGGAACUCACAUAGCAACCAAAUGUUGGGGGUGUCUUACAAUACCUGGACACUGCAAAGUUAAGACGCAACUGAAAAACUCAACAGCCAAGAUGAUUCUAUCUCGCGGCAAAAAUGAUUCUGCCAAUUCACGACACAUACCAAGUGCAACGAAUGCAAAGAAAGCACCACCCUCAUUGGAAGAUUUCAUCAUCAAACGUGACUAUACAGGAGCACGGGCUUUUCUAGAGUUUGCCCACGAUUCCGAGGAGGAGGACAAGUUGAUUGGUAUUGACCAGUGGAUUGCCUUUUGCUAUUUCCACUUGGGCGACUACCAGAAGGCCUUGGAUCUCUACAAGCACAUCAACGAUGUGGAGUCGCCCACAGAGGACAUUAACCUUAACAUGGCCGUGUGCAUGUUUUAUCUGGGCAUGUACGAUGAGGCCCAGAAGUUGAUCGAGCAAAUACCCAACACAGCUCUCAAGCUGAGGCUAAUGCUUCAUCUGGCCCACAAGUUCCACAAUGAGGAGCAGGUCAUGCAAAUGCACGAAUCCCUGCAAGACAAAGUGGAGGAUCAAUUGAGCGUGGCUUCGUUGCACUAUCUGAGAGCGCACUAUCAGGAGGCCAUAGACAUCUACAAAAGACUGCUGUUGGACAACAAAGAAUACGCUGCCGUCAAUGUGUACUUGGCCUUGUGCUUUUACAAACUCGAUUACUAUGACAUGUCGCAGGAGGUCUUGGACGUGUACCUCAGCAAAUAUCCAGACAGCACUAUCGCAACCAAUUUGAAAGCCUGCAACCGCUUCCGCCUGUUCAACGGGCGUGUGGCCGAACAGGAAAUCAAGAAUAUCGUUGACAAUGGCACCUUUGGAGCGGACCUAAUACGCCACAAUUUGGUUGUGUUUCGUAACGGAGAAGGCGCCCUGCAAGUUUUUCCGGCUCUGUUGAACAUUGUGCCAGAGGCCCGGCUUAAUUUGGCCAUUUUCUAUUUGAAAAAUGGCGAUGUUCAGGAGGCACAUUCAUUGAUGAAGGAGGUGCAGCCAAGUGUGCCCCAUGAAUACAUCUUGAAGGGGGUGGUUCAUGCUGCUUUGGGCCAACAACUGGGCUCGAAAGAGCACAUCAAAACAGCCCAACAGAAUUUGCAUCUGGUGGGCAGCUCAGCCACCGAGUGUGACACCAUACCCGGCCGCCAAAGUAUGGCCUCUGCAUUCUUCUUGUAUGGCCAAUUCGAAGAGGUUCUGGUCUACAUGAACUCCAUCAGAAGCUAUUUCGUCAACGAUGAUACCUUCAACUACAACUAUGCCCAGGCCAAGUGUGCCACAGGCUAUUACAAAGAAGCCGAGGAACUGUUGCAGCAGAUCACCGACACGGAUAUAAAAAAUCAGCACACCUACUGCAUGAUCCUGGCCAAAUGCCACAUACAUUCGGGAAGGCCAGAAUUGGCCUGGAACAUCUUCAUAACCAGGGACACCAAUUCGGAGGCAUUUCUUUUGCUGCAGCUGAUCGCCAAUGAAUGCUACAAAUGCGAGGAGUUUUGGGUAUCAGCCAAGGCUUUUGAUAUGCUGGAGAAACUCGACCCCAGCCCCGAGAAUUGGGAGGGCAAACGCGGAGCCUGUGCCGGUGUACUAUACGCCUUGGCCACCAAGAGCGAGAAGGGACGACCACACAGUGGCAUCAAUGAUGUCAUUGGACUUCUGCGAGAUUCGUCCAACGGCCAAGCCGAAGCAAUGAUCAAAGCUAUCAGAAAGCACAUGUCCUCCUUCAAAUAGUAUGCCCUUGGCAAAGGACCACCCACUGCUGAGCGACGUAUGAACCUGGCAUGUUGGGUAUCCUAUUGAUUAAGUAUUUGCACACAAAUAAAGAUGCCUACCCUCGCCUUUUCUACCCUUCCCUAAAGCAUAUAAACCAAUAAGGUGACUCGUUGGGUUUAGCAUGAGAGAGUUCUGGUCCUGGUGCUGCUGGCAGCUAAAAGAGGCUGCAAGUAUGCUCCAGUAUUGUCAUCAUUAUUUGUCAAAUAAAUGGAUAAAUAAAUAUGAAAAAAAAGACAAA